UAUAAAUCUCUAGUAUUUUCAUGUUGUACGCUAUAUAAAAUAUGUUUAUUAGUUAAUUUACAAUUUAAUGCAUCACUAUUUAUUUAAUUUGUCCAAAGUUAUACGCCAUUGUAUUAUUCAACAUUUACCCCAGUGUUGAAUUUAGAGAAAAAUGUUGGACGAAGAAUCAAGAAAUAUAUUUUUGCAAAACUUGGAUGAAUUUAUUCUGGAUGAAGAAAAGAUCGUUACUGCACGAUGGUUGUCUAAAACUCUCAAUAUAAACUAUAAAGAUUCCACUGCUGUUCUCACUACAUGGAUAGAAAAGAAAAAAGAUGCAGAAAAUUUAUUAACAACGUAUGCAAUAUCAGGAAAGAAAGAAGAUGGGUCUCUAAUAGUGACAGUGUUACGUGAUUAUGCAGUUGAUGAUUUUGUACAAAAUUUAACUGAUGUUUCCAAAUCAGUUUAUAGUGCUCAGAAAGGGGUCUUGAAAAAUAUACAAUUAUUAGCAGCUGCAAAUGAAAAUUAUUCUCCUUGUUUAGGUGGCAUAAUAGGCCCUACUAUAGACAGAAAAAUAACUCCUUCUAUUGCUCAAGAAGCAAUAACCGCGGAUGUGAAACCUGACGUUUUAGUACCAAAGUUAGAAAAGCAAAGUCAAAGCACAAAUGCAUCAAACAACCUUAAGAAGGAGCCUGAGAGUUUAUCAUCAUCACAAAAGCCUUUAAAGAACAAAGAGAUUUCAAAAGGUGGAAUAGCAAAUUUCUUCAACAAACAAAGUGCAACAAGUGCAAAAAGUACUAAUAAUGUAACUAAAAAAGGAGAGACUAAAUCAAUUAAUAAUUUUUUCAAAAAAACUAGUCCUAAGAGUUCAACUGCUACAGCGGAAGAUAAUUCAAACAAAGUUACUUCUGAAAGUGUAGCAGAAAGUACUGUAGUUAAAACAGAAAUUAAAACCGAAGAAAAUUUAAGCAAAAAUGAAUGUAUUUCAAAUGAUGAUGUGGGAAGCAAUGUGGAUGAUGAUGUCAUACCGGGUACUCCACAACCUGAGACUAAACUUAGCACUCUAAACAAAAUUGUGAAUAAGAAAAAAUCUAAACGAGCAAGAGAAAAUUCUGAUGAAGAUAAUUUAAAGAAGAGAAGAAAAAGAGUUUACGUUCAAAGUGAUUCUAGUGAUGAUGAUAUUUUUGGCAAUGAAUCUGAAGAUGAAAAAAUGGAGCAGGAACCUGCAGCAGAAAGUAAUUUGGAUAAACCUGUAGGGAAAAAUAUUGUUGAAGAACUUGCAAAUACCAAUACACUUAAUAAGAAGAAAAAGAAAAUUGUAGAUAAAAUGUAUACGGAUGAAGAUGGAUUUAUAAUCACUUGUAAAGAAGUUGAAGAAUGCAGUGCAUCUGAAGAGGAGGAAGAACCUCCAGCAAAAAAGGCAGCGCCAUCCCCACCAAAACCAAUGCCCAAGAAGAUAAACCCGGGAACAAAACAAGCAAACUUAAUGAGCUUUUUCAAAAAGAAGUAG